CUGACUUCAACUGAGCCUCCUUAUCCUCACAUCAUGAGCUUCUACAACAACUACUAUGGUGGCCUGGGCUAUGGCUAUGGUGGCCUGGGAUGUGGCUAUGGAUGUGGCUACGGUGGCUAUGGCUAUGCCUGCUACCGCCCAUGCUGCUAUGGAAGAUACUGGUCUUCUGGCUUCUACUGAGAAGUUCUAGAUGCUCAUCUGUUCACGAUGUUCUCUGAUGAGACACCAUGUGUACCCCCUGCAUUAAUCCAUAAUAAGGAUGUUCAUGUCUGUUCAGUAAUGACUACUGAAGCUUAGACUACCAUGCAACAGCAGACCUUUUUUGAUGGAAUUGCCCGAGUGUCCAACCACUUAGAAAAAUAUUCAUUAGAUCUAUGUUACUAAUUGAAUACAAUUUAACCAUUUCCAUUUGGGAAACUGUCUAAAUUGAUUUUUCAUUAAAGAUACUUCGUUUUUCACAUCUA